AUGGGGGCUUGGAUGAAGAUAGCGCAGAAGCGCGAGCUGGUCCGGCACUACGCUGAGCAUCCCUGGAUGACCCAGCCCGAGCUAGCAGUGUGGUCAAUGGAGCGGUUCACGCUCAAGCGUCAUCCAGCGCAGUCGAUGAUCUCGGACAUCCUCAAGAACGCGAAAGCCAUCAUGAGCGAGAGCUACGGUGACGGAAAUCGACGCAAGCCGCUACGUGUGACGUCUGUCAGACUGGAGAAGCGCCUUUGGAUCCAGGCUACGGAGGCCAGAAGCGUUUGUCUCUCGCGUGCAUUCAUCCGAAUGAAAGCCAGAGACCUGCCGGUAGAGCUCUGCGAUGGAUGGGACCUGAGCUUAUCGGACGGCUGGCUAACAAAGUUCGAGAAGCGACAUGGACUUCGCUUGCGCCAGCUACAUGAUGAGGCCGCCUCAGCGGACCCGAAGAGUGUCGAAGCUGGUCGUCAACGAUUGCAAGAGCUCGUGGAGCUCUACGACCCCUGUGACGUCUAUAAUAUGGACGAGACCGGACUGUGCUAUGCGAUGGCACCGGCGCGCUCCAUCGGAACCAAGGGCAAGCGCGGUGUUAAGAAAAGUAAGAUCAGGAUAACGAUUGCGCUCACAGCGAACGCCGACGGAUCCGACGCGUUCCCGCCCUUGUACUAG